UUCCCGCUUUUCCUGGGAGAAACAUGGCCGGGAGCAGUGAGGAAGCGCCAGACCACGGGCGAGGCGUAGUGAUAAUGGAUGAUUGGCCAGGGUAUGACUUGAAUUUAUUCACAUACCCACAGCACUAUUAUGGAGAUUUGGAAUAUGUCCUCAUACCUCAUGGCAUCAUUGUGGACAGAACUGAACGGCUGGCUAAGGAUAUUAUGAAAGACAUAGGCUGCUGUGACAUCAUGGUCCUGUGUGUGCUUAAAGGAGGGUACAAGUUCUGUGCUGAUCUCGUAGAACACCUGAAGAACAUCAGUCGAAAUUCAGAUAGAUUCGUCUCUAUGAAGGUUGAUUUCAUCAGACUAAAAAGUUACAAGAAUGACCAGUCCAUGGGCGAGAUGCAGAUCAUUGGAGGCUAUGAUCUUUCAUCGCUGGCUGGAAAGAAUGUCCUCAUUGUUGAGGAUGUUGUUGGAACAGGGAGGACCAUGAAAGCACUACUCAGCAACAUAGAGAAAUACAAACCCAAUAUGGUUAAGGUGGCCAGUUUGUUGGUGAAGAGAACACCUAGAAGUGAUGGCUUUAGACCUGACUAUGCUGGAUUUGAGAUUCCAGACUUAUUUGUGGUGGGUUAUGCUUUAGAUUACAAUGAAUACUUCAGAGAUCUCAAUCAUAUAUGCGUGAUCAAUGAGAAAGGCAAAGAAAAAUAUCGAGUGUAAAGAAGUCAAUUCUCACCCUCCAAUCUCCAGAUAACAUCAGAUUUAGAACUACACUCAGGAAGCCAUCGCAUAGAGUUUGUCUCCCUAGGCGUUUUCACUCAGCAGAAAAGGAAAAAAAUGUUUUAGUGAGAGAGCUUUCUUUUCUGAGAUUAUAACAUAAAGAAUAUCAAAAGUGGUUAAGAAAAGGAAAACAAUGUUUUUAUUUGACUGGUUCCAAAUUAAACACUCCGCCUGUGACUCACGAGUUCUAUCUCCCUUCAAACUCCUGCAACACCUUUUGUUUUGACACAGUCAUUGUGCUUGAAUACUUUAUCCCCACCUGGUUACUCAAAUACUUCUCACUGAACUGUUUUUUUUUAAAUAUACUCAAGUAAUAUUUUACAGUCUUAAGAAACUGGAAACUUUUAAGUUAAGUGCUGAUCCCACACACUGGAAAUGCAACUAGAUUCCCAGGCUGAAUAAGGAGAGCAAGGACAAUUUAAUAUAAAUUUUUGUUUGCGCUUUUCUGACAGGCUAUUAUUAUCUGCUUUGACAAAGCCUUUCUGAACCACAGCAUACAAUGAAUGUUAAUGAUGUUAUGAAAUGAGCCUUGCUUAGUGUUCUUGAUUGAAGCUUCCGGUUUGCGAUAACGGUAUGUCAUGGAUGCAUGGAUGUACUCAACUGUGCUUAAUAUUCUGAAUUCUAAUUAAGAAAAAUACAAUGGCAGCAAAGCCCUGGUUUCUAAGUGGCAUCUUUUUAUUCAUGUGGGACAUGAGCAAAUGGCAGGGUUUGGGGGAGGGGCAAGUGCUUUCACUGCUGAAAACUAUGUAGGAAUAAAUUUUUCCUCUUAUUUGCACCGAAGGAAAACCAUUAUUAUGUGUUAUCCUAGACAGAAACACAGAGGUUGAAUUAUUAUUUUGAGUGGCCUUAUAAGACUGAUCACACAGUUCAAAGCACUAUAAAAAAAAAAAACAUACUCAAGGAAGUUUUUUCUGAUUAAUAUUCUUUCCUUUUCCCCUGUGUUAUGAGAUGUUUUAUAAUUUAUGGGGGUUUUAAUUGAAAAUAAACCUGAAUGUCAAUAGAGCUGUUUUUUCUCACUUCCUAAAAGGAGCAAAUGGAAAAUAAAUAACUCAGCAGCCUUUGUUUGGUUCUGAACUGUAUGUGGCAUAUUAUUAUCAGGUUCUAGCUUCCUUUAAACUAAUAAAGACUA